GUAUGGAGACAAAAAUCUGCUUCUAAUGCAGCACUACUGCUUGUGGGCGUGGCUGAAGUGUAAAAUAUGACAGAGGUUGAGGUCGAGCUUGAAGUCGUGAAACUUUCUCAAGAACUGAAUGACCAACGUGUACCAGUGGAAGAUGAAGAGAAGAAAGAGGAACACCCACGUCGUAGUAUAAUAUGCUCACUCUCCCCGAAAGUAAAAGCCUACAAGAAUGUCAUUGGUGCUGGGUUGGCAUUCAACCUCAUCCUAAGCAGUGUGGUAGCCCUAGUCAGCCUGCAGAGUAGUCUUAACGAUGAGCAAGGUUUAGGACUGGCUACGCUUGUGAUAGGAAGCACGACUUUUCUAAUAUCAGGUAUAUUUACUUCAUCGUUUAUUAGAGCACUUGGAACUAAAUAUGCUUCUGUGGUUACAUACACAAUGUCUUUCAUUUACAUUCUUUCUAAUUUUUACCCUACUUGGUAUACACUGGUGCCUGGUGCUUUUUGCUAUGGUAUCUCUCUGGGACCAGUCUUUGCAUCUGUUAACAUUCAUGCAACUGUUACAGCAAUGAAGUACGCCCCUGCACUUAAUGAAGAUCCUGAUCACCUCAUUGCAUUCUUCAAUGGAAUUGUAACAAUGUUUUUCAAGUUAGGGUACUUGCCUGGUAAUCUAGCGACGACCAUCGUUCUGUUUAGUGAGAGGUCGCGUUUAGAUGAAGAAAUUGUUGAUUCUUCUCUUCGUUCUGUCUGCAAUAACACUGAAGUACAAAAUUUGGAUGAGACAUACGUCUAUAUCUUGUUAUCUUCAUUCUUGAUCAUUGCAAUUAUUUCUAUUUCAAUACUGUGUAUAUUUGUGGAUAAUCCUGGAGUCAAUUUGAAGUUUCAGUCUUGCUGUAAAGCAGCUACUGUUUAUGUUAAGGAUCCUGUUAUUGCUACUUUUAAAAUGUUCAUUAAUUGGAAGAUACUCAUGUUGCUUCCUGCUGCUGUACUGUCUUCCUUCCUUUCUUCUUCUACAUUAGGAAUUUUAUCUAAGGUGUAUGUAUCAGAUUGCAUUGGUGUUCAUUGGGUUGGUCUAUUUUCACUCACUUAUGGUACAUGCAGUGGAUUAUCAGCUAUAAUAAGUGGUAGAUUAGUCAAAUAUAUUCCCCAGUUUAUUAUGGUGUAUGUGGCAUCUACUGUCAUGCUUGGAGUGUUGUUGUUUCUGUUGUUUUGGGAGAGGGAACCAAGCUAUCUUGUAGCAUUUUUACCAAUAGGAAUAUUAGGAUCCUGCGAAGGAAUUUGGUUUAACAUACCACCAAUUCUUGUUGGUUUGCUGUUCCCACAGCAAAAAGAGCCAGCAUAUGCUACCAUAAGAAUGGGGUUUGCUCUUGGUUAUAUCUUAGGAUUUUCGGUUCCAUUAUUUGCAACUUUCAGCACCAAUUUGUGGAUUGAAGUCGGGCUAUUGCUCAUAUCAAUAAGUACCUACAGUCUGUUGUAUUUUAAAACACAGACAAAAGAACAGAUAUUUCCUUGCUGUUAUAGGAAAAUCAUUCAGAAAUCUAAUGAAUAACGAAUUUUAAUAGUAGUCUAUUAUUAUGUCUUUAGUCUUGUUGAAUCAGCAAUGUUGAA